AUGAGUCUAUUCCAGAGGUUGAUACGACUGAGAAGAGGUACUCCAAAUCUAACAGCAAUCAACUACACUCCCGAACAUGCCGCUCUGGCAAAGACCAUCGUACGUCGACGAAAGAUAUUUCGAGCUCUUUCAUCUCGAGUAUCACUCAUAAGACUCAUACUUGCUACUGUGGGUGUACUAUGGAUCCUCGCGUUACCUUAUGAAGGAUUAUGGAAGAGGACAUAUGUUGAUGAAAAUGCUUUACAACCCGGUCAAGUCAAUACGUAUUGGGAUUGGGGAGAUGUACAUCGAGCUGAUAUAUACCUGGGAGAGCUGGAAAAGUUGAGGGAUAAGAAUGCUUCAUUUGCCCAAUAUUCCGAAUAUUUCAUGUCAACACUCUCCUCCUCUGGCCUUCACACAUCCUCACUCUCCACAUCAACCUACUCUCUCCUCUCCCCUCCCCGUUCCUCAGGAUUAGAAACGAUCCUCCUUUCUGCCCCUCUCAUCUCCCAUCUUCAAACCCCAAACCUUCGAGGAAUCUCCAUCCUUCUAUCUCUCGCUCAUUUCUUACGAGGACAACCUCAGUGGGCGUUCGAUUUCCUCUUCAUCUUCCCUUCUGGUCAUAUGGAAGGUUUAGAAGAUUUCAUGAAAUCAUACGAUCUUCUUUUCCCCGGUCGGAUUUGGACAUCGCUGAAUAUCGAUUAUCCUGGUCAUAGUUUCAGUCAUUUGGGGAUAUUUUACGAAGGUAUCAAUGGGAGAUUACCUAAUCAAGAUUUGAUCAAUACUGUUCAACAUAUUGCUAGAUGGACUGGAGGUGUUCCUAUGAGGGUUCAUGAUGUUGUUGAUGAGGCUGAUGGAAUGUGGGAGAGAUGGAAAAUAGGAUUUAAGGGGUUAUGGGAACAUGGAAAAUUCACCGCUUUGGGUAGAGCUAGUGGUGCACAUGGAGUUUUGGCCAGACAUCGUAUAGACGCUCUAACACUAUAUUGUCCCCCAUCAUCAUCACCACAUGGAUUCCACACUCUUGGUAAAAUAAUCGAAAGCACACUACGAUCAUUAUCAAACCUACUCGAAAGACCACACGCAUCUUAUUUCUUUUACUUAAUCCCACGUCCAUCAUAUUUUAUUCCAGUAGGGAAUUACCUUCCUUCCAUCGUUUUACUCGGUGCUUCACUCACUAUCGGUGGUUUAUCUUGUCCUAGACCAUUAGAAGGGUUUUUAUGGUUGAUCAUACCUCAUUUAAUUGGGUUGAUAUCAUGGAUGAUAGAAUUACCGGAAUUCAGUUUAAUAGCAUUAAAAAGUAUGGAAAAUAUGUCUUUACUCUUAUACGGUGCUUUAAUCCCUACGUUAGGUAUGGUCAAUUUCCCUCAAUCUGUAUUAUUGACAUUACUUGUAUACAUCAAUCUUGUCCCACGCGGUUGGGUCAGAUUGAUGUUAUUAGGUUUCAACCCAGCUUGGGUGAGAAUGUUUUUGCGUCAUGGGAUAGAUUUGAAGGAUGAAUGGGAAAGAUAUGGGAAUAUCACUUGGGUCGGAGUUUAUAUGGUUUGGAUACCUUUAUGGUGUUGUUCUGCCAUGUUGAGGGAAACACCGUUUUAG